AUGGGUCCACCUCCUCUCAGUGAUGAUCGUUCCGAAAUUGUAUUCUUCGAUGUAGAAACCACCGUGCCGACCCGACCCGGUCAGGGUUUUGCAAUUUUAGAAUUCGGAGCAAUUCUGGUAUGUCCAAGAAGACUGACGGAGCUUCGAAACUACUCCACCCUGGUCAGACCUGCUGAUCUUUCUCUCAUCACUCCAUUAUCGGAGCGGUGUAACGGAAUCAACGCCGAAGCUGUUUCGUCUGCUCCUUCAUUCGCCGACAUCGCUCACGCCGUCUAUGAUCUUCUUCACGGGAGGAUUUGGGCGGGUCAUAAUAUCAUAAGAUUUGACUGUGUUAGGGUUAAAGAUGCAUUUGCUGCCAUUAAUCAAACACCGCCCGAACCUAAAGGCACGAUUGAUUCUUUGGUUUUGUUAACUCAAAAGUUUGGAAGAAGAGCUGGUAACAUGAAGAUGGCUACUCUUGCUACCUAUUUUGGUCUUGGGCAGCAGACACACAGGAGCUUAGAUGAUGUUCGGAUGAAUCUCGAAGUUCUCAAAUACUGCGCAACAGUUCUAUUCUUGGAGUCGAGUCUCCCAGAUAUAUUCACUGAAAAUAGUUGGGUUUCACCAAAUGCUGUUACAAGAAGUCGCAGUAAUGGGAAAUCUUGGUCAGAAGGGGGUUUGUUAAAUAUGAAUAAGGAUUCUGUGUCGGUAUCAUCUCCGGAAACUGCAGAUAAAAAUCAUCCAAUCCUUUCUCUUGCAACAAGCAGCACAGAAGUGGAUGUCCCAAAUGUUGGAGCUUCCUUUGACUUUCGUGAUCUUCAGGAUGAAAUUAAUAGGGAAUCCGUUAGGGCAGAUAUUGCAAUGAAUGAAACAUCCAUACAAUCACCUGAUUCUGCAACCUCAUUUUCUGUGCUUCAGACUAGCAGCAGCUCUAUCGCUGUUUUGGAGCCCGAAAAAAUAUCUAUUUCUUCUAUUGAUGUGUCUCUUGUUCCAUCUUAUCGUGGCAGUCAAAGGAUAGAAUUACUUCAUGAUGGUUUCCCAUUUCAGCUUCAUUGUUCUGGUUUGAAAGUGCGGUUUGGAAUAAGUACAAAGUUUGUUGAUAGUGCUGGCCGGCCACGGUUAAGCUUUGUGGUUGAUCCAUCACCAAGUUUAUGCAAUGUUCUUGAAGCAUGCGACAAUGUUGCACAUAAGUUAGCCGCAGAAUCUGGUAGCGGCUCGGAUUGGAGGCCAGUUGUUAUCAGGAAAGAGGGCUUCUACAACUAUCCUACCAUCAGAUUGCAUAUACCUACAGCAGUAUGCGAAGAGAUUGCCAUUUAUGCAACAGAAAUAUACCAAAAAGAAUCAUCUGGAUCUGUGCAAAGACUUCUCUUCAGCAAGUUCGACGCCGAAGAACUUGGCGCCAUGUUCAAGCCCGGGACAUUUGUUGAUGCGGUCUUCUCCUUAGAUCUGUAUGACUAUCAUCAGAAUGCAGGGAUUAAAUUAGUUGCAAAGAAAUUGAUCAUUCAUUGCAAGUAG